UCCCAGCUGACUUGUAGGAGGAACCUCUGAAUGUGAGAGCGGAAGCAAAUUUACGUAAAACAUGCCAUUUGUAGUUCAAAAUGAAAGUCUUAAAGUUAGGGACGCACACAAUGCAAGAUCCUUUGCACUCCUUUUCCUUUCUUCCUUUGCGCAACUCUAUCGUCUCGGCUGCGUCAGAUAUUCACUCAGCCUAAAGUCAUGCCUCAAGCAUCCCGUGGAAGUGCUCGUCAGCCUGACUCCAGGGAGGCCCAAAAGGCCAUGGACAAGGAGCAGAAAAGGAGCCGAGGAGCUAUGUCAUGCGCCGAAUGUCGAAGACUCAAAUUAAAGUGCGACAAAACUGUUCCGUGCUCUUCGUGCAAACGCAGAGGCUGCUCAGCCAUCUGUCCUAAUGGUUCCCUCACGACUGGUCAGGGAACUCGGUUCGUGCUAGCAGAUACAGAAAAAUUGCACCAGAAGAUCGCACAAAUGAGUGACAGGAUUCGUCAACUUGAGGAUGCACUUUCCAUUUUCCAAACUAGUCCUGGCGAACAGCAUCCUCUUUUGCAUAGAAAUCUUCUUGACAUCAAAUCAAUCAUAGAUUUACACGCUGCUGUGGAUGAGGAAACGGCAAGUAAAUCCAAGCGUGAGGUCGAUGAUGACUCACAAUACAUCGAAUCUUUCGGGACGCUUGCCAUACGGGACGAUGGAGCUGCAACUUUUUAUGGCCCAUCCGCCGGGUCGGAGAGUUUGCUUAUCGGAGAGUCUGCCGUGUCAUCGACACCCGGUUUUACUCAAGGCGACAGGACUCGGACACAGCAUACUGAACAUCUGUCUCCCAGUGUCCAGCAUCUGUCCAAGACUUUCCCUCUGGCUCCAGUGUUUAACGAUGAAGUUGAUCUCAACUACCUCAUUCAAAAUCAUCUACCUCCUUGGCAUCGUGGUCGUCACUUGAGUGAGCUGUAUCUCCAGCAAGCACCAUGGUUCUUUGGAGCGGUGACAAAACGGCAACUGAUGGAGGAGAUCCUCCCUUCAUGGUACGCAGAAGCAUCAGAUCUCAACUAUCUGGGUUCCGUAGCGCCAUCAGUGACCUCGGGGAAUGAUACUUUGAGCAAAGGUCCUCAUGAACUCGCCCUGAUGUUCGUGAUCUUCUGCUUUGGGGCACUGACGGAUUACAGAUUGCCCCCUGCGCCAGACAACGAGGAAGCCGACAUGUAUUUCAAACUUACACGCGCUGCAUUAAACUUGGAGCCCGUACUUGACCGUCCACCAUCAGUAGCAACCAUUCAGACGCUGGCUUUACUUGCCAUCUAUCAGGGCCUUUGCAGUGGAGAAAACAGUAUUGAGAGUACCUGGGGGAUCUUUGGACUUGCAACGAAGUUAGCUCAGAGCAUUGGACUGCACCGUGAUUGCGCCCGUUGGCAGCUGUCUCCACAAGAGGUGCAAAAACGCCGUGCACUAUUCUGGGAGCUAUUUAUCACAGACGGGUGGCAGUCCUUGGCCACAGGUCGUCUUGCUACGUUUUAUCUGCCUUUUGUAGACUGUGAACUGCCUAACGACCCCGAUUCCACGGUGGAUGAAGACGGAAGUGUUCUGCUAAGCUUCCCGGCAUGGAAGGCUCGCUUUGGUUUCCAUUGCAUAUCUGCAGUCAUCCAACAUGCACAAACGGCAAAGGUCCCGAAGUAUUCUGUUGUCAUCGAGCUGGAUCGCAAGAUUCGCGACAUGGAACUUCCAAAAUACGCCCUGCGAUCUUCCAGAGAAGGUGCUGAACUUGGAGAAGCGAUGAAGCAUUACAUGCCCCAUAACUACCGACAUCUUACUCUGCUAUAUAUUCAUCGAUGCUUUUUUGCGGAAGCUGUAUCAAGCAACCCCACAGACCCCAUGAGCAGCCCAUUCGCUCCAUCGUUCCUUGCAGGGUACCGCAGUGCCUGUGAGCUGAUUAGCGGUCUUCGUAAGCAGUUCGAUUUGUUCCCGGCACAGAUCGCCCGUUUUUGGGUUUUAUGGACCCAUGCGUUUUCCUCAUCUGUGUUGCUGUCUUCGGUUGUUACGCAUGCAUCUGGAAGCGGUUCUCGGUCGAAGAUCACCACUGCAGCCUUGACCGAGCUGCGGCGCGCUGUCAGUCUUUUCAAAGAAGCAUCUGUUUUUGGAGGUCGAGCUGGAAAAUUCCUUCCUAUCCUUGAGAGGCUGUUGCAGAAAGCUGAGCAAGCAUACAGUACUGCCACUCCUGCCGUGACUCGACGAGAUAUCUUCUCGAACACCGGUCCAACGAAGUCGAAGGAUGAACUUUCGAUUUUCAGUGGACAAAUCAACAAGAUUUCCACGAAGGCUCCCGUACUACCGUCUUCAGGACGGUCUAGCCAUUCACCUGGAAGCAGCACCAAUUUAAGUCAAACUAGACCCCCGGUACAGGUAGAAGGCACUCCCCCACAGGCAUUCAGCCACAUACAUCCAUCGCUGCGUGAGCAGUGGAGCAGUUUCGAUGGGGAUCUCAAUACUCAGCUUCACAAUGCUCAACGAGAUGCGUAUUACACAGAAGACGAUGAUUUCAUGGUGCCCGCGUCUACUGAAGCAUUAUCUGGAAUGGUCCGUAUGCAUGAGGGCACAUAUCAAGCCCGACCGACCCAACAGCAGCCGCAUCCAGUUACACAGCCGCCACAAGUAUACCAUAACCACUUUUCCGCUUCGCCACAUAGUUUUUCUCAACCGGUCGAGGCACAGAAGUCUUUCCGAGGCGAGAUUCAGCGCCGGGAGCCUGUGUACUCGUCUGACAAUCAAGGGCAACAGUAUCAGCACGAGCCGCAGUAUGUUCAAUCGCCGCCACAAUCUUACCAUCACCAGCCCGACAAUACUCAAUACCAUGCGGACCCUCAUCAGCAACAUCCCGGGCAACAUUACCACGAUCCCCAGCGCCAGCAAUACUACAGCCAGGAACAAUCUGGUCACCAUGAUCCAUACCAGUCAUCAUCAUCCUUUAGCACUGCAGAUCCUUACGCGUCUGAUGACUACAACGCAAGACCCUCCCAAUCAUAUUGGGAAUCUGCACAGCAAUCGUAUCAGGCGCAGGAAAGUACUGCGUAUUAUCGGACCCCGUACUAUGACAAUCAGUACCAAAUGUCUCAACCACCCCAAGCUCCUGCAGAAUAUCCGUCGCUUUCUCAGCAGCACCUGCAAGAGACGUGGCAGUCGUUCAAUGUUUACGUCGGCUCGCCUGGUCGGCCGACGUAGAAUGCGCGCGCGCGCUCGUCUGCACUCCAGUGCUUUUAUUUGGCCAUAUAGCAUUCAUUUCAGUUUCGUGGUAUCUUCUAGUGCAAUGUGUAUCAUCACUACUCAAAAUGUUGUAUGUAAACUAUACGAUAUCAAGCCGCCAGUUAUUUGCGCUUGUGUAUUUCAGAUACGUCCUCUACUCCUCAGCAGAUCGCGGACCUAAAGCCCCUGGCAUAAGUACUUUCCCCUUGCAACUUGCGCUCUACAAAGCUCCAUUUCCGUUGGUACGGCGAGAAUCGAAGCCAG